UAAGGUUAUGAUGUGUUGAUAUGUUGGAAUUUGAAAGCAAAAUUAAGUUCUGAAUCCAGUAUUAAAAAAUACAUUUAUAUUUGUAUACACAGAUUAAUAAAACCUAAAAAUGUAUUCCAAAUUGGCUAGUUCCCUAUAAUAAUUUAACUUUCAUCUAUUACAGUAAAAAAAAAAACAAAUCUCGUCCUGUAAUUACUACUUAAAAUGGAUUACGAUGAAGAUAUGACCGAUGAAGAACUGGUCGUCCAGUACAUAAAUGAUUGCGCUUAUGACUCAAAUUCUUCUUUAAAUGUUCAAACUUUCUUCAAAAUUCAGGAGAUACUGCUACGAAAAAGCCCUCUCCUAAUAUCGAAAUAUUUACAGAAUGUCCUUAACUUUACAACCUCUAACAAUCAAGAUAUAAAAAAGGCUUUAGUAGGAUUUAUAGAAGAAUUAGUUAAAGUCAGGGAAGCAUUUAUUCCAAAAGUUAUGUUAACCUUACACAUGCUGCUGUGUGAUGAAUCUAUUGCUGUUCAGAAACGUGUCAUUCAAGCAACAAUUACCAUAUACAGGAAAACAUUAGCAUGGUUGUGCCAACCUCCCACAAUCACUCAAGAAAUGGAAGAGGCUUGGAAACAGCUAAGUGUAAUAAAAUUAGAAAUAGCCAAUAUGAUAGACAGUGAUAAUGACGGUAUAAGAACUAGCGCUGUGAAAUUUCUUGAGUGUGUAGUACUAUUACAGACUUAUCCUGAUGAAAAUGAAAAUAAAAGGUUCAAUGAUUUUUCUCUAGAUAAUGUUCCUCUUACUUUAAAGGUUGCUAGAAGAAGGAAACUUGAAGAAGAGGCUAGUAAUUUAUUUGAAAUCCUGGUGAAGUUUCAUGGAUCCCCGCAUAUUAGCAGUGCCAAUCUCUUGGCUUGUAUUGGUGUUUUAACCAAUAUUGCUAAAAAUAGAGCUGAAUUCAUGGCAAGAGUGGUAGAUGCUUUGGAGUCACUAUAUAACAAUUUACCUCCAACCCUUACCACAACUCAGGUCAGCUCAGUGAAGAAGAAGCUGAAAACUGAGCUAAGUGGGCUUAUUAAACAUCCAGGAGGUUUCGAAUAUCUCAGUACAAUUAGUAAAUUGUUGUUGGAGUUAGGCUGCUCACAAUCAGAAAUCAACAAAAUGGUCCCAAAAGCUGACGAACGACGCAGAUACAACAAAAGACUCUUGUCAUCUGAAUCACUAGUGUUGCAACAGAAUGCCAAGAAGCCCAAAUUAGACGAACAACCUGCUGAAGUUGAAACAGAAGAAGUUUAUGAUCCCAAUCUGACUCCCCAAGAAAUAAAUGAACAGUUUAUUUUGGAUAAUUUAACUUUGGAAAAAGCUGUUUACCUCAUUGUUACCAAUAUUCCAAAAUUGCCCAAUCAGGUGCCACCGGCGUUUUUAAAAGACUAUGCUGAGUAUGCUAACACAGGCAACAUAGGGAGAAUACAAUUGGCAAAUAUUAUGGCGAAACAAUUUUUAGAAGCAAACGUAGGUCCAGGAAAAAGGGCAGAGAAGCGAAAGAGUCCACCAGAAACUAAGUCCAAACCUAAAGAAGACGAAGUUCGAGAAGAAAAAGAAAAGCCACCUCAGAAGAAAGAGAAAGUUAAAGUUAUCAGAAUAAAAACCUUAAAGCUUCAAGAACUAACGAAACCUUUGGAAACUGACGUCAAAGAAAGGUUAAUGCUGAGUGCUGUAGAAAGAAUUUUAAAACCUCAUAAAUCGGCAAAUAAAUAUCUGCACCAGAAAAUUAUCACUACCCUGGCGACACAUUUCGAUUUUACGAUAAGAGAAAAAAUCUUGAUGCAUAUAUUGAAGGACCUUAAAUCGUAUGUGGACAUCGCCUUAGCCUGGUUAUAUGAGGAAUACAGUAUUAUGCAGGGCUUCGCCAAACCGCCUCCAUUGCGAAGCGAAGGAAAAUCGGAAAAGUUCUACAACAUGCUAUUGUGUAGUUUCAUCAACAUAUCAGCUACAGAUGCUUUGAUCAUUACACGAUUGCUUCUAGAGUCUCCGUUGAUCACAGAUGACGCUUUGGAAGAAGUGAGAGUGGUGUGUAGAGACGAAAGACGUUCUGGUUGGGCUUUAGGUCUUAUUAGAGACCUGGUCGUAAGAAAACCACCCAAACAGCUCGUCUUCUUAAACACUCUCCUGGGUUACACCACCUACGAAAACAGCGUGGUCAGAGACCACGCCAUCGGCCACGUUUUGGAGCUUCACAAACGGUUCGAGUUGAAGUUGGUGAUUGAAGAAUUCGCCAGGAUGAAUUUGGAGUUCCUAAAGCUGCCUAAACCGCCAGAAAGCUUGUGCGGUUUGAACCAGGGUAGGUUAAAAGCAGAAACCUGGGGUGACGACUUCAUAAAAGCUUGUUUGAUGCCUUACGUGUCUUUGUUGCCGGCCAACGAGAGCCUCAUACACGACCUCGCAAAGGUUUAUGUGGACACAUCGCCCGACAUCAAGCGAGUAAUAUUGAGGUUGAUCGAUGUUCCUGUUAAGCAAAUGGGAAUGGAGUCUAAAGAACUGCUGAAGCUCGUAGAAGAAUGCGUUAAAGGUUCCGAAACUCUAAUAACUAGGCUGAUCCAUAUCCUGACCGAUAAAGCUUCACCAACGCCAGAAUUGGUCGCUAGAGUACGGGAUUUAUACCAAUCAAGAAUAACCGAUGUUAGAUUCUUAAUACCUGUACUGAACGGUCUCACUAAGAAAGAAGUGAUAGCUGCGCUACCCAAAUUGAUCAAACUCAACGUUGUGGUCGUUCGAGAAGUUUUUAACCGUCUUUUAGGCUUGCACGGAGACAGUCCCAUAACUCCUAGCGAGUUGUUGGUAGCUCUGCAUCUUAUUGAUUCAACUCAGGCAGAUCUCAAAAAUGUCAUGAAGGCGACGUCGCUGUGCCUACAAGAAAAACAGGUGUACACUCAAGAAGUAUUAGCAGUCGUGCUACAACAACUGAUGGACCAGACUCCUCUACCCACCCUUUUGAUGAGAACAGUCAUUCAGGCGUUGUGUAGCUAUCCGAGGUUGUCCGGUUUUGUUAUGAACAUACUACAACGACUGAUAUUAAAAAAGGUCUGGAACCAUAAAGUAGUUGGGAAGGCUUCGUGAAGUGCUGCCAGCGAACGAAGCCGCAAAGCUUCGCCGUUCUCAUGCAGUUACCGCCCCUGCAGCUGAAGGAAGCUCUGAAAAUAUCCCCCGACUUGAAAACGCCUCUGCGGGACCACCUCAUGGCUUUCACCGAGGCGCAGAGAGGACACAUUCCGGCGGCUACUCAAGAGAUUAUUCUGGAGUCAUACGGCGACAAACCGGCGAUGCCCAAGCCGAUAUCGGUAAGCCAAGUCGCGCCUGUCCCGCCGCCGAUGGGUGUGCCUCCUCCGAUGGGCGUGCCGGCUCCCAUAGGGGUAGCUGCGCCUGUUACGGCGCCGGCUGUUAUUACUCCUACGCCCACUCCAGAGAAGAUCCAGAUUACAGAAGACUCCGCACCGGCUCCAAUCGAGCCUAUGCCGCCUGGAAUGGAAUAAAACAGCAUUUUAAUGUAGUUUAUUUUAAAUGUUAAGAGGGGACACGAUAAAUAUAUUAUAUAAGUUCUUUAAUUUACUUUGUAUUAAAUAAAUUAUUCUUCUGGAACUUUGUAUUACAGCAUA